AUGUCCCAAGAGUCCUUGUACGACGUUUUGCUGGUGGACCAGAAUGCCACAUUGGAUGAGAUCAAGCUGGCCUUCAAACGAAGAGCGUUGCAAGUUCAUCCAGACAAAGGUGGCAGCAAGGAGGCCUUCCAUGUGGUCUACCAGGCACUUGAAACCUUGGCCGAUCCAGAGGCCCGCCAGAAGUAUGACAAAGGACUGGCUAAGCAGCCAGCUGGACAUACUAAGUGCAGAGGCACAGAACGGAAAACUUCCAAAUGUGGUCAGCCUCAGAGGGAGCGGUGCCCCAGGCAGAAAGCUGGUAGGAGAAAUGCGGGAACAGAACCUGCAGCCUCCUCAGAGUCGAAUCAAACAAAGCUAUUGAUGAAAAUCCGAGAUCUCUUGAAGAAGUUGCCUCGGGAUGUGCGGAAUGAUGUCAUUACCAACCAGUUCUCUCAAAAGCAGCGGCUGAUUCUGGAGAAGUGGAUGGUGGAGACGGUGGAGGCAUCAGCGUCUCAAAGUGGAAGAGAGACAGAACCAGCAAUGGAGCAUCCCGGCCUCCCAGAUCAGAGCUACAAGCUUUGCACUUUGCCUGGUCUUUGCACCUCAAGCUUCAGCCCCACAACUUCUAAGAAGCAAGGUUCAAAGCAAAAGACAAGAAACAGGAAGAACGAAUCUGAUGCAAAGGUGCCAAGCAGGAGCGGUUAUGUCAAGAAGAAGGGGGGCGGUGCUUAUACUGCAGGAAUUUGCUUUGAUGGAAUAGAAAUGCAUACGAGAAAUUGUGACUUGCAAAGCGGGCUGGAGUAUUUGGUGGUUUUGACGGCUGUGAAGCAGAAGAUGCAAGAUUCCACCCUGGGCCUGGGCAUCACUUUUGAGAGGCGAUUGCAGGAAGCGCUCACAUCAUCUGCUAAAGAGCACGGAAAAGACCUAGCGGAUCUCAAGCUAAGCUUCUUUGUUUUGCAAGCUGCUGGCUUUUUUAUUGGAUCAGACUUGAGAACGCCUAGCGUUCGCACUGUUGAACAGCUUGGAAGAAUGCGCCACUGCUUGCAGCCCUUUCGACAAUACGCCAAGAAUGUGGGGACACGCAGCAUUUAUUGGCAGCACAGUCCAGCCCAUCUCAAAGAUAGCUGGGAAAAGUUUCAAAAGGCAGUGGCUGAUGCUUGGCACAUGGCUGGCGUAAACAGCACAAGGAUUCAACAGACGAUCCGAGCUCGUCAUGAUGCCAGACUGGAAUCUAGGAACGCACAGUUGCAACAGUGGGAACGGGGCCACAUGGCCAUGCAAGACAAGCACAAGUACCGUCCCCGGAGAUUGCGAGAAAGGACUGAAACCCGCCUUCAGCUGUGGGAGAGGCGAAAGAUGGCCCUGCAAGACAAGAAUGAACAUCGGCCCAGGAAAUUUCAAACACGUUUGAAAUUGCGAAGAUGCCCUUCUGAGUCUAGGACUCAAUUGGCUUUGAAAAGGCUUCUUGUGAGAUGGGGACGAAUUUUGAAGCGCCAAGCCGGGAUGGUUGAGAAAGAGCGGCGCAACAUUUUGCAACAGAGAAAGGUUCGGCGGAAAAAGGCCAUAGAGGAACGAAAGCGGGCGGAAGCUUUGAACAGAGAACAUUUGCGCAAGGAACGCUUGAGAAGAGAAAAUCUUCGCAAGAGAAUGAGAUCCGACUUUACUAUGGCUGAUAUUUUCGGUGAUCCGGAUGUCCGGUGUUCAUGGUAUUUCAUGGUCACAGCCACACUUUGCCCCCCUGAAAUCUACAAGUGCCAACGAAAAAUUCAGGCCGAAUGCCUGGGUCUCUUUGUUGAAGCCGUGCCACGGGAGACCUCCGAGUCGCUGGUCUCCAGCGUUCUGCAAGCGUUGGCGCAGCUGUGCAAGGGCUCCGAGUCCACGGCGCCACCGCCCUGGCAGGUGAGCUACGCCAUCUUUAAGAGCUUCGAGCGCAUCUUGACUUCAGUAUCGCCUAUGCUGUUGACAUCAAUGAUGGACGCCAGCGAUUCAGAUCCCGGUGCCUCAUUGAAGUACCUUUGGUGCCAAUUGUUGGGUGCCGAUGCAUUCUCCGAUUCCCGGCACGCCUGGCAGAUCAGCGUGGCCUUGCGCUGCCUGGAGCUGCAGAGCGCCAAGUGGCGCGGGGCGGAAGCCGCCCAAGGCACCAGGGGAGAAAGCCACUCAUAA